AUGGAGCCGGCGGCGCUGGAGCGGUUCCCCAGCCCGGGCAAAGGCAGCGGCCUCCGCUCCCGCCGGCGGCUGCGGCCAGGCGAGCUGCUCUACCGCGCCGAGCCCUUCGCCUACGUCGUCACCAAGGAGCAGCUGGGCGGCGUGUGCGAGCGCUGCCUGCGCAGGAAUGAACAUCUGCACAGAUGCUCUCAGUGCAAGGUUGCUAAAUACUGUGGUAAAUCUUGUCAGAAAGAAGCUUGGCUGGACCACAAGCAGGAAUGUAGGUGUCUUAAGAGCGUCGAGCCUACUUUUCCUCCAGACUCUGUCAGACUUGCUGGCAGGAUUGUUUUUAAACUACUUAGACAAUCAGUGUGCCUUUCUGAGAGACUCUACUCUUUUUCUGAUCUUCAGUCAAAUAUUGAACAGUUAAGUGAAGAAAUGAAAGAUGGCCUCAGGCACCUUGCACAGACAUUGCAACUGUAUUUGAAAACAGAGCUCCAGGAUUUGUCUCACUUGCCACCUGCAAUUGACUUUUUUCAGAUCUUCACAAAAGUGACCUGUAACUGUUUCACCAUCAGUAAUGGAGAGAUGCAGGAUGUUGGUGUUGGCCUGUAUCCCAGCAUGUCUUUGCUGAACCACAGCUGUGACCCAAACUGUGUGAUCGUUUUUGAAGGAUACCAGCUUUUACUUCGCUCUGUCCGAGAGAUCCAGAUUGGUGAAGAGCUCACCAUCAGCUAUAUUGAAUCACUGAUGCCCACCAGUGAACGCCAAAAGCAACUGAUGCGCCAGUAUUGCUUUGAAUGUGACUGUCUUCUCUGCCAGAAUCAAGAAAAGGAUGCUGAGAAAUUGGCCGGUGAAGAGCAUGCCUGGAAAGAAGUCAAAGAUGCCGUAAAUGAAGUGAGAUAUCCAAAAUCAAAGGAAGAGUGGGAGCAGGUUCUGGCAAGAUGCCAGAAUCUCUUGAGCAGCAAUAUGGGUCGUGUUCCAGACACAAAUAUCUAUCAGCUGAAAAUGCUUGACUGUGCCAUGGAUGCCUGUAUUAAUCUUGAAUCCUGGGAAGAAGCUUUGUAUUAUGGCAGCAGGACUCUGGGACCAUACAGACUGUAUUAUCCUGGUUUCCAUCCACUGAGGGCUGUCCAGCUGAUGCGAGUGGGCAAACUGCAGUACAGUCAAGAUAUGUUUCCUCAAGCACUGGAGACCUUGAAACAGGCCUAUAAUAUUAUGAAGGUGACCCAUGGGACAGAUCACAGUCUGAUGCAAGCCUUGAUGGAGAUAAAGGAACAGUGUGAGGCCAUCAUGAGAACACAGUGAAGAAAACACCCAGUCUGGAAAACAAAAUAUUCAAGGAGAAAGGAAAUCAAAUGCUUUUUAUUGCAUUGGGAAGCUUCUCAAUGAUUUUGGUGUCUUUUCAUAAGGUCCUACUUGCUUUACAA